CAAAACCAAAACACGACGAAUUCAAAUAUCCAAUUGUUAAAUUUGUAGAUUUCAAAGGUUUUAUUCAUAUUUUCAAGACUUCCAUCAUGGAGAAUGAUCACCUCAAAAGUGUUUAUAUCUCCACUAAUUGUAAUCAAUGUACAAAUUGUCUGCAUUGGGGAAAUAAUAAUUUAAUUUGUUAUGGGUCCUCUAACAGCAUUUGCAUAUACGAUCUAGGGAUUGGUUCAGGAGGCAGAGUAACCAAAACGUUAGCCAAACAUAAAGGCCAAGUGAAUUCUGUUAGAUGGUUGAAAGGAUCAGACAUUCCCGAUGAAAAUGAAAUUGUGUCUGGGAGUACUGAUGGAGAUGUUAUUGUUUGGACAUUAGAUGGGGAAAAUAAUAAAAAUGAGAUUUUAAAGGGUCAUACAUCUAACGUCACUGUAGUGGAUGGUAUAUAUAAGAAAGAAAACAAAAAAAAUGCCAUUGUUGUUAGUGCUUCCAUGGAUAGUACAGUUAAAGUAUGGCUACGUGAAAAUCCUUCAGAUAAUUUUAGUCUAAUUCAAACAAUUGAACUUGGUUACAAUUUAUGUAUUUCAUUGAGAUUAUUCACUUUGGACACAGUUGAUGAUCGGCUCUUGUUGGCUCUAACGCUAGAUGACUGUUCUAUUAGGUUGUUCUUAGAGGAUGAGAAUGAAAUAAAGUUUAUGCCUUCAGUAAAAUUAGUAGGUCAUGAAGAUUGGGUGUGUGGUCUAGAUCUGAUGAAAGAUGGAGAGGAUUUACUUCUUGCAUCUUCAGGCCAGGAUAAUUAUGUGCGUAUUUGGAGAUUUAUCAAAAAAGAAAAAGGCACAGUAAACCCAAACAGAACUCUACUGAGAGCUCAGAAAUGUGAUUAUGAAAUCAACAUAGAAUCGGUUCUGAUUGGGCAUGAAGGAUGGGUUUAUUCAGUGGCUUGGAAUCCAAUAGACAAAACUUUAUUGUCAGCUUCUUGGGAUAAAACAAUGGUGAUAUGGGAAUACGACAAGGACAACAACUUGUGGAUGGACAAUGUGAGAGUGGGAGAAGUUGGAGGUAACACUCUAGGAUUUUAUGGGGGAAUGUUUGGUCCUGAUGGAGACACUAUGGUUGGUUAUGGAUAUCAUGGAGCCUUUCAUGUCUGGAAGAAUGACGAUAUAGAUUGGAACCCUUUGGUAACUGUUGGAGGUCAUUUUAGAGAAGUAGUUGAUCUGGCUUGGGAUCCUAAAGGAUCUUACAUAUUCUCAGCAUCUGCAGACCAAACCUGCAGAAUUCACGCUCCUUGGCCUACUGAGAAGCAACCUAUUACUUGGCACGAAAUAGCUCGACCUCAAGUACAUGGCUACGACAUGAAUUCGAUUGCAGUCUUCACAAAAUAUCAAUAUGCAUCAGCAUCCGAAGAAAAGGUGAUAAGAACAUUUUCGGCACCUCAAAAUUUCAUUGAAAACUAUAAAAGAAUAUGUAAAGUGGAGGAAGAUGAUGAGGAUAUAAAAAGUGAAACUAGUGGCGGAGCAAAAGGAGCAUCGGUUCCUUCACUGGGUCUAUCCAACAAGGCAGUUUAUUCAGCAGAUAACAGCGAGCAGUCUCUUGUCCGCAACAGCAAAGAAAUGUACCCGGAAGAGUCCCAUUUCAGCGCUACAGAAUUGUACGAACCCCCAACUGAAGAAAAUUUACUGCAGAAUACACUUUGGCCAGAAAUGUGUAAGCUUUACGGACAUGGGUAUGAGGUUUAUUGCUUGGCCUCAUCGCCUGACGGAAAAUACUUGGCAUCGGCUUGCAAAUCAACAGCUCAAGAGCAUGCAGCGGUAUUGCUAUGGGACACAUCGAAUUGGAAGAAUACCCAGAAAUUGGUAUCGCAUAACUUAACAGUUACGCAGAUUUCGUUCUCGCCAGAUUCACAGAAACUUCUAACGGUUUCGAGAGAUAGAAGAUGGACCGUUUUCGAGAAAAACAACGAGGGGCAAUUUACACUAGCCGCCACUACCAAUAAGGCUAACGGUGUACAUACUAGGAUAAUUUGGUGUUGUAGUUGGACCCACGAUUCCAAAUUUUUCGCAACGGGUUCUAGAGAUGGAAAAUUGGCAGUUUGGACGAAGAAUGUUAAUAAAAGUGCUGAAAACGUUCUUGGGCAGUACGAACUGGCUUCAAACCAUUUAUCAUUCCCUAAGGAUUCAGUAACUGCGGUUUCAGCAGCGCCAUGUUUAGUACAAGAUAAAUAUUUAUUUGCGAUUGGUUUCGAGUCAGGGAUUAUCUUCUUUUACAAAUGGACAGUGGAUGAUUUGUGGCAAUCUGUUUUGGAACUCAAUGAAAGCGUGGCCCAUCAUUUAACUGUGAAGAGGAUUCAAUUCAGACCAAUUCUUGGUGAAGCUGGUCAGACGGAGAAGGAUGAAAAUAUUUUGCAAGUUGCAACUUGUAGUACAGAUACUUCACUCAAAGUUUUUAAUUUAAACUUAGGUAAGAUGAGAUGAGAAUAAAGUUUUUUAUUUCUU